AGGACGUUCCGCCUCUGGAGACAGCGUCAGAAAACAUGACCAAACUGGAGCUGCUGAACGUGUUUCUGAACGACAGGCUCACCGCGGCCGCUGAGGAGAUUUUCCGCGCCGUUAAGAACACGGUGUUGGAGUAUCAGAGCGAAAUCUUGCGCUCCAAGGAAGAGAACGAGCGACUCAAACGGCUCCUCAAUGUAGCCGUCCAGCGGCUCCUGCUGCAGCCAGAAGCUCACUCUGUCCAGCCCCAGGAAGAUGGUCAGCCCUGUGAGUCUGAGUGGAGGAGCAGUGUAGAGCUGUUGCCACAAAUUAAAGAAGAACCAAAACUCCAAAGCAUCCAGACAGAGGGUUCACAGGAAGCGAGCGACUCAGAGGAAGGAAGCUGUAGUCACGUCGAGCUGCUGCAGAGGUCACAUCCUCCCCCAGCUCAAAUUGUGUGUGGCAGACAAAGUGUCUCCCCAGCUCCAUUAAUAUCCCAUGAGGUAAAGGCAGAGAGUGACAGAGAGGACAGCAGGAAACAGCAGCCUGCCAGCAGCUUACCAUCCUCCCUGACUGUUCACUCAAACUGCAGAGCUGCUCAGAACGACUCUCAUACCGACGCCGCGAAGAGUCACAGGACUCAGAAAGCAGACCCGCAGGUGAAAGCGUUGCUCCGCUCAAACGGAAAACAGAGCACGCACAUACUACAGGUCAAGAACGUGAGAUCCCUGAAGCCGCCCCCGCCUCGCUCCUCUCACCCGAGCCAGAGCAUCCAGAGGUGGCACAGCUGCAAAGAGUGCGGGAAGGGCUUCAGCUUUGCCUGCCAGCUGGAGGUCCACAUGCGCUGGCACACCAAGGAGAAGCCGUACAGCUGCGCCGUGUGCCGCAAGAGCUUCACCACGGUCAGCAUGCUCAAGAGGCACCACCGCAUCCACACGGGGGAGAAGCCCUUCCGCUGCCAUGUCUGCGGGAAAUGCUUCAACCAGUCAGCGCACCUCAACACCCACUUCAGGCUGCACACCAGAGAAAGGGCCAGCUGGAGCCGGGCCCCGCACUCCAAGUGAACAGAGACUCACAACAAGAAAGUCAUCUGACAUCUAUAAACUUAAAAAAUGCUUUAACUGGACAGAUUUCAGGUUCAAACAGUGUACAAUUAUAGUGUGUGACUGUGUGUUUUGUCUGUUGUGCAAUAAAGUG